CAUACUUUUGAACGAAUUACCGUAAUACAUUCGUUCAAAAAGAUCAAUCGAAAAUUCCGCUUAUGUGUAAACACUAUUGUUGUUGUCUUCGAUAUAUUAAUUUUAUUUGCAAAACGGAAAAGAUGUGAACAUAUGUUUUGUGAAAAAGAGGUCUUGUCGAUUGAAAUAAUAUUUUUAUUGCAUUCAUACGGAAAUAUUUUAGUUUACAUUUUGGUAAAAUGGAGGUUAUGGACUACAGUGGUGAAGCACCAGAAAUUGAAGGUGCCGAUGAAGAUCAUUCUGAAGAAUCAGAUAAUAAUGACAAUGAUGGCAAUGCUGUAGAGAUUGCAACUCCGAUAGAAAUCCCAGUAGAAGAUACAAAAAAUGAUGAUGAUGAUGAAUCAAAGGCAAAGAAAGCUAAAGAAACAACUACAGAUGAGUCUGAAGUUGAUUCUGAUCAAUCUUGUCCCAUAUGUAUGGAUCUAUGGACUAGCUCAGGAGAACAUCGUUUGUGUUGUUUGCGUUGUGGGCAUUUAUUUGGACAUAGUUGUCUUUUGAGAUGGUUACAUUCUUGUGCUAGUGCAAAUCGCCGUUGCCCCCAGUGUAAUAGGAAAGCUACUGUAAAAGAUAUUAGAAUGUUGUAUGCCAAGAAAUUAACAUCUAUAGAUACCUCAGAAUUAGAUAAAUUAAAAGAACAAGUAAAUAAAGUAACGACUGAAAAAAAUCGUAUAGAAAUGGAAUUGUCAAAGUAUGCUCUAAGACAAAAAUUGUUUGAACAACAAGUAGCUAGUAUGCAGAAUCGUAUAACUGAACUAGAAAGUCAACAAUUGGAAAUAAGCAUUCAUUCUAAUCAAAAUAUUUCUAAACAUAUGGUUAAAAAAUUUCAUUUAGAUCGAUCUAUAGAGAUAUGUAAAGAUGGUGGUUGCCGUGUAUUAGAUUAUAAUCCUUGGUAUGGGUUCCUAGUUGUAUCUCAGAAAUCGACGAACGCGUUAUUCUCCGGUUAUGGCAUUAAAAAAAUUGAUUCAGAAAAGUUUCAACCACGUCAAUUUAUUUUUUUACAUUCUCAAGCUAUAAGAGAUAUCAUGUUUAACGCGACCCAGCAGUCAUUAUUACUUAGCGUUGGUUUUGAUAAAUGUGCAAAAUUAAUGGACAUUCAGAAUCACAUUAUCGUGCACACUUAUCAAACGGAUUAUCCAUUGUGGAGUUGCUGCUGGUCAGGUGACAAUCCAAAUAUAUUUUUCACGGGUGCACAGAAUGGAUCUAUAACACAGUUCGAUAUCAGGCAAACCUCUGGUGCUAUUGAAACCCUGGAUAGUCCGGGCGAUAGAUCGCCGGUGGUUUCUUUAGCAACAGUACCUUCUAAUCCUAAUAGUGGUAUUAGUAGAGGUGGAUUUAUUGCAUGCCGCUUAAAUACAUGUUAUGCUUAUGAACAAAAAGAAUCGAAAUAUGUACCGAAACAAAUAUUCCUCGAGGGUCCGUUUGUAUCAGUAUGUUACGAUGAAAAAAACAAUCAUGCGUUAAUAUCUUCCCGUCCAAAUGCCAGGCAACCUCAUGCUAGGCACAUAGUAUGUACGAUAGAAAAAGGUAACGAUGAAACAGCUAUUUGUAAUGUUGUACACGCAUUUCAUGCUGGUAAUUCUCAGCAGUUAUUGUCUCGACCAUGUUAUAUAAAUGUUGAAAAUGAUACAUUAGUCGCUGCGCAUCAAGAAUCCACCAGUAGCAUAUCGCUAUGGAGUAUAUCGACGGGAAAACAAAUAAAUAGUCUUCCUGUAUCUGACCCUGUUGUGGAUAUGUGUGCAGUCGAUGUUAAUAGUAAUUUAUUUUUAGCAACGCUUUCCGCAAAAAAGGUUAGAAUUUAUAGUCAUGGAUAAAUUUUAUUAUUAGAAAAAUAACAAAUGUGUGUAAAAACAAACGCGAUGCUUGUAUUGCCUAAUCCAUGACCAAAAUGUCUUUCACAUAUACAUCGUAAGCUUGUAAUUUAAGACAUGUAUGAUAAAACUACUGAUAAUGCAUUUCCUAAUUCCAAGGCUGAAUAAUAUUUUUUUGUACGAGAUCAUGUGAUACAAACGUUUGUAAAUAACAUAAAACAAACAUUUACUCCAAGUCAAGCACAAGUUCAUUUACUUUUGACAAUACAAAAGUUCUCUGCAUGCAUAACUUGAACUUACGAAAAAUAGUAAAAAUAAAUUUAAAAGUUACCAUUAGUUAGUUAAAUAUUAUACGUAUCCUUAUUAGUAGACUAGACUGAUCUGAAUAAUAUUUAAAAAUAAAAUAAUAAUAGUGAAAGUAAGUAUACUGAUAAACAUUAAGUAACAUGGUUGCUAAUAAUACGAAAAAUGUACAGAAGUUAGGAUUAAUCAAUUGUAGUUGUAAGGGAACUUUUGUAUAAAUACUUUAAAUACUAGUACUGAAAAAGUUGUUUAUUAAUAUUUUUGAAAUAUUAAAUUACAUCUAGAAUGUUUAAA